CGUGAAGAUUUAUAAAUCUGAUAGCGUGCGGCCACAGUUCUCGCAAACAAAUAAAACGUUGUCACAUGAUUGUACGGAAGUGGAGGUGAUUUAAACAGACAACAAAAUGGCAUCUCAUCCGGGAGGCGGCGAUCAAGGAAAUACCAAAGAUCAGAUACUGGAAGUAGGAACUGUUUUGUUGAAGGAUUUCAUCUAUGAGCGGGUUCGGAGGCAUGGAGACAGCAAUACUGUAGUGACCAGGGCACAGCUGGGUGGAGGAGAGCUGUGUGACCCAAACCACAAGAAGCUCGCCCAGUGCCUGCAGCAGAUUGGAGAUGAGCUGGAUGGAAAUGUAGAGCUCCAAAGGAUGAUAAAUGACUCUUCACUCAGUCCCACAAAAGACAUGUUUAUGAGAGUUGCCAUUGAGAUCUUUUCGGAUGGAAAAUUCAACUGGGGCAGGGUGGUUGCACUGUUCUACUUUGCCUGUCGUCUCGUCAUCAAAGCUCUUGUGACCCAAGUUCCUGACAUCAUCAGAACCAUUAUCAGCUGGACCAUGGACUACCUCCGGGAUAAUGUGAUCAACUGGAUCCGGGACCAAGGUGGCUGGGAGGGUAUUCGUUCCUACUUUGGCACUCCUACAUGGCAGACAGUGGGGGUUUUCUUGGCUGGUGUUCUCACCACUGUUCUAGUUAUUCGCAAGAUGUGAGGGGCAUGUGAAGAGCAGACCGGAGCAAGACAGGAAGAACUGCGACUGAGGGAAAUGGGGACAGGAACAAAAACAUGAAAGAACAUCAGAGGGACAAAGGAAAGGAGUUAUGGCAAAGUGAACAAGUUGAACAGGAAGAGCUUGUAUUUGGACAAGGAGGACCACUUCUGCCUCCCAUCCAUGUCUAAGGAUUGGGAGAUUGACUGAACACGCUGUCAUACCCAUGAUCCCUAUGCCACUGAGGAAGUGAGCUUUGCAUGAUUACAUGCACAAAAUGCGGUGGGUGGAGAGGUUGUCAGACUUGAACAGGGAAUGCAUUUUAAUUAAUUUAUUUUUUAUUUGGUACAGAGUUAAGAAAAAAGAAAAAAAAAAGUCACUGCAUUCUGUUUUCUGCCCUUAAAAGAUAUAUGGACUGAAAUUUUCUCACGAAGUUCAGAGUUUCAUUGUAGUUUUAUUUUUGUUCCACCAAACUUGCUUUUCUAAUUUUCCUACUCUCUCCAUCCAUCUCAUUACGGUGUCUGUAUACUACAAAUUCCAUCUUCAUAUGUAUUUGUGAGUGUUUACUGGUGUAAAUCUGUAACGAUCUGCUGGCAGUGAACGUGUCGGAGGGUCACAUCCCUUCAGGUUAAGAAGAGAUACUUUUGCAAACAAUUAUCAGAUUUAGCAAAACUAUGAUAUAGAUAUAGAGUAAUGACAUCUCUGAUGAUAAUUUGGUUUUAAAAAACCCAAGUAAUCUCUCCCUUUUCUUCCUGUAAAUGCACAACUCAGCCGUAUUUCAGUGGGUAACAAAAGUGCCACAGCAAGGACUUUUGUAAAAAAGUCCUUUCAUUUUAGCAAAAGUGACAGACAACUGAAUCUAAAUUCCUGCUGUGUGUAACAAUCAGUGAUACGCUGUCUUUUGGAGAUUUUGCGACUCCCAGUAAGAUAAAUCUUGACAAUUAUUUUUGACUGUUGUGAAUGGAGCCACAAGUCUUGAUCUGAUGCUUCCUCUAGUCUAUGGGAGAAGUUGCACUGCAGACACAGAAAGCACUGGAUUGCUCACAGAUGCUUACCUCACUUUACACAUGUUCAAAGUACUGUAUUUUUACCUGAGUCAUUCAGAGUUCAAUCUUAUCAACACAGCAAAAGGCUUUUUAUACAUUUUUCUUGUUUGUCAGUGCCUUGGUGUUUUUUUUACUCUGAAGUCACUUUGAUAUUCUCAAAUUUUCACUGUUUUCUAUCGCAUUUGUAAAGCUGAAAUUAGUUUGAAGUCUCCCUUAAAAUCUUUUUGCAGUGACCCUGUAUGUUAUAAUACGAAAAAUAAAUCUUUUAACUGUUA